UCAAACUAUAUUUCCCUGUUUUAUUUGGGUGUCUGGUCUGUUUUCUAUAUGUCUCAACAAAGGCAAUUUCAGAUGGUGAGUGGUAACAAUCCGGGGCAGUACAAUGACACAACUUUUACAAAAAUCUUUGUUGGUGGAUUGGCUUGGGAAACUCAAAGAAAUACCAUGAGGCGUUAUUUUGAGCAAUUUGGAGAGAUUCUUGAGGCUGUUGUAAUCACAGAUAAGAAUACUGGGAGAUCCAAGGGUUAUGGCUUUGUUACCUUUAAGGAUCCAGAGGCAGCUAGGAGAGCAUGUCAAAAUCCUUCUCCUAUCAUUGAUGGAAGGAGGGCAAAUUGCAAUCUUGCUUCAUUGGGUGCACAAAAGACUAGCACACCAACUCCUCAACAUGGGGCAGGAAGGUUUAGACCAGCACCUGGAUUGAUGGCACCGCCUGGUUAUCAUGGUUCCUCAUCAACUUAUAUCCAACAACCAACUGGUCAAUAUUCAAUUCCUUACUCAGCUUAUGGUUGCACUGGAUAUUCACAAGACAACAUUUAUCCCUUGAACUAUUAUAGUCUCUAUGGAGGUCAACAAUUUUCACCUUACUACACUACCGAGGCAUCAGUGACACCUGGGAUGUUUCAUAGUUUUUAUCCAUUUUAUGCUCAAUAUGCACCAAAUAGCCAGGCUCAUGGUUUUGGAGUUCAAUAUCCCCAAAUGGUACAUUAUCCUUAUUUGCUUCCGCAGUAUAGCUCGACAGGAAUCCUAUCAUUUCCUUAUUCAUUGCCUAUGGCAGCAACUACCCCAGGUGUCAUUUUACACAUCUCUCUAAAUACAUUCAGAGUAUUUUCAAUUAGUUAAACACUUGCUGUGUAAUAACAACUGCAAG